AUGAAGCUACUGCAUAGAGGACAAUACAAAUCAGCAGCGGCCAUGAGGCUGGUGAGUGCCGGGAUCCGGGUCAGACGGGCCGUGGAGACCUCCGAGUCCUCCGAAUCCUCUGAGGAAACUACAGAGACGGUCCAUCACGAGUCCCAUCCGGAGCACCACCAAGAGCACCACCCAGAGCACCACCCAGAGCACCACCCAGAGCACCACCCUGAGCACCAUGAGGGCCACGAGAGCCGCGAGCACACCCAGCCAGAGCACCACCAUCCGGGCCACGGACACGACUACACACACAUGAAGAACAAGUUUAUGAACGAGAUCACCCACCUGCCCAUUCCCAUGUGGGCUGUGGGGGCCAUCGUGGUGGUGGUGCUGUUGUUAGUUGCCGCUUGUCUUUUCUGCGUUUUCAAGAAAUGUUUUGGGAAGAAGAAAAAGCCAAAGAAAACCAGAGAGACGAAGGGAGGACGCCGCAGAAAAGCGAAAGAAGGAGACGAGGAAGGGAAAGAGAAUAAGGAGGGAGAAGCGAAGAAGGGAGAGGAGAAUGAUAAGGAGCAUGAAAAACUGGGGAAAUUGGAAUAUUCUUUGGACUACAACUUCACAGAUGCUCAGCUCAUUGUCGGGAUACUUCAAGCUCAGGAUCUUGCGGCGAUGGACAUGGGCGGCACGUCUGACCCCUACGUGAAAGUCUUUUUACUACCAGAUAAAAAGAAGAAAUAUGAGACCAAAGUCCAGCGCAAAAACCUGUGUCCUGUCUUCAAUGAAACGUUCAUUUUUAAGAUUCCUUAUGCAGAACUCGGAGGAAAAACCUUGAUCUUGCAGGUUUAUGACUUUGACAGGUUUUCGAAGCACGACAUGAUUGGUGAGAUUAAGAUCCCCAUGAACAGUGUGGACAUGGGUCAGCCCAUGCAAACGUGGCGGGAAUUAGAGAGUGGAGAAAAGGAGGAGCAAGAAAAACUUGGCGAUAUUUGUAUUUCUUUACGAUACGUGCCCACCGCUGGGAAGCUCACAGUAAAUAUCAUGGAAGCUAAAAAUCUCAAGAAAAUGGAUGUUGGUGGAUUAUCAGACCCGUAUGUAAAGAUAGUUCUGCAGCAAAACGGAAAACGAAUCAAGAAAAAGAAGACAACUGUAAAGAAAAACACACUAAACCCUUAUUUCAACGAGAGUUUCAGUUUUGAGAUCCCAUUCGAGCAGAUUCAGAAAGUGCAAGUGGUCAUCAUGGUGUUUGACUACGACAAACUGGGAAGCAAUGACCCAAUCGGGGGCUCCUUCAUGGGGUAUGGAGCCACCGGGGUCGGCCUGCGUCACUGGUCUGAAAUGUUGGCCAAUCCCAGACGUCCAGUGGCUCAAUGGCACACGCUGGUGUCAGAGGAGGAGAUGGAGGCGGCGCUCAAAGCCAAACCGCGCUAA